AUGGCCAACUACAACUACGGAAACCAGUACUACCCGUAUGGCUACGCUGCGCAGUACUACAACGCCGCCCCUGCCGGAAACCGUUACGCCGCACCCGCGCAGCCGCCCGCCUACCAGUACGGCCCCCCCGCCGCGGCGGCCUCCCGGUACGCCGAUCCCGCGCCGCCUGCCUACGCCGCCCCAGCCCCGUACCAGUACGCCGCCCCUGUCCCCUACAAAUAUGCGGACCCCAACAUCGCGGCGAUCACCCGCGUGUUCAACGACGACGCUCGCGCCCGCGAUCUCGGCAAGGUCUACGGCGGCGAGAACUUCCUGGCCGCUGAGAGGCUCCGCAAUAACAAUAACCAAGUGGGAUUCCAGGGCGGAUGGGCUCAGGAGCUCGAGAAGCAGCGCGAUGUUCUGGCGACUCUUGACUUCCAGCGUCAGGAGGACGAGCGUGUGCGCCUGAGGAGGCAGGUUCUGCAGGAGGAACAGUGGCGCGUCGAGGCCGUCGAUCGCAAGGUCGCUGCCGAUAUGCAGCACGCUGAGUACGCUGCCCCGCUGCUCCAGGAGUACCGCUGUAUCGGCUGUGGUGCGCAGGCGGGCGCUCAGCAGGUCUGUCAGCGCUGCUAUUGGAGGGUGUAG